CUCAAUCCACUUUUGUAUCAAAUUGUCUCAUUAAAUCUUAUCUGUUUUUUCUCCAAUAUGUCAUCAAAAGCCACUGUUAGAAGACAUAUUUUGGAGAGGCAAGCAUGUCCUAAAGAGAAAGAUAGGACAAGCCAAAACAUUUUGUCCAAACACCUUAAGAAGAUUUACCCAAUUGGGUUACAACGAACCACUUCUUCACUAUCUUUAUCUUCUCUGUCAUUGUCUUUGUCCCAAAACUCGAAUGACUCUUCUCUUACGGACUCCUCGAUCCAACUAGAUCAGAAAAUUUCAUACGCAAUUCGUCUUAUUACACCACCUCCUGAAAGAAGAGAAGUCCCAUUGCCUAAAAGUAUUCAACAACAAAGUCAAGAACUUAGUGAUGGAGAAUUGAGGCGGUGCAACUGGAUCACUCAUACCAGUGAUAAAGCCUAUGUAUCUUUUCACGACGAGUGUUGGGGCGUCCCAGUGUACGAUGACAACCGACUUUUCGAGCUACUUGCACUAUCUGGGAUGUUAAUGGACUACAACUGGACUGAAAUUGUGAAAAGAAGGGAACUAUUUAGGGAAGCUUUUGCUGGAUUUGAGCCAAGUAUUGUUGCCAACAUGGGGGAGAAAGAGAUAACAGAUAUAGCAUCUGACAAGGCCAUUAUGCUGGUGGAAAGCAGAGUGAGGUGCAUAGUCGACAAUGCCAAAUGCAUAUUGAAGAUAGCUAGAGAUUUUGGAUCAUUCAGUAACUAUAUGUGGAGCUCUGUGAACUUCAAACCAACAAUAAAUAGAUUUAGACAUCCAAGAAAUGUUCCCUUGAGAAGUCCUAAAGCAGAAGCCAUUAGCAAGGACAUGGUGAAGCGUGGUUUUCGGUUUGUUGGGCCAGUGAUUGUUUAUUCAUUCAUGCAAGCGGCUGGGUUGACGAUCGAUCAUCUUAUCGAUUGUUUUCGACACGGUGAAUGUGUGAAUCUUGCAGAAAGACCAUGGAGACAUAUCUGAAAACAAGCUUUCCUAAUUUCCCUUUAAAGUUGUGGUUAUUCUGUUGAGCAUUAAGUUAAAAAAAUAUGAAUAAUUAUAUAUAGAGAAAGAGAAAAGAACCAAGAUGGAAUUUAUUAACUCUUUAUUUAUCAGUUUCUGCUAGAAUGGCCAGUUCUUCAACUGAUAUUAAAGCCUUGAGAAUUGAUCAGUUCAUAUCAUCAACAAAUGCAGAGCUCACCAUUACAGCAGUUGUGGUGUAACGGUAUUCGACAAGUUGAAGCUGGUGGAGAAUAAGAAUGGUGUAUUUAAUUUGUUUAAUAUUUUAUUAAGGGGUGUUUCAAAGUCCUCACAUUAUGCUUCUAAUAUAUGAGAAACUAAUUAUUCUAGAUGUUUAACAUGGACCUCUUGAGUUUCAUCUUAUUACUGUUUCAAGAUCUAAUCACACUAAAUGAAAUCGAUUGAUUCAAAAUUGCCUAUC